CUUCUUCUUCUUUACACCUCAUUUCUUCUCCCUCAAUUUCAGGUAUGCAAAUCCCUUGUUAAUUUUUUUGUUUUUUAAUUUUCACCUACCAUUUAAACCAUAUCCUCCAACAGGUAUAUAUAUAUACCGACCCUCAAGCUUUGAGGACUAGAACUGGUGAGUUUUUUCAAUUUCAGGUUUCGAUUGCAAUAGGUGUCUUCGUAUAGCGAUGUCGUAUUUGCCGGAUUGCUGUGGUGGAAAGGAAAGUGCCUCAGUUCUCUUUCCCAGCUGCACAGUUAGGUACGAUGUGCACCCGUUUUACUCGAGUGUAAACGCAUCGGGGGCAAAGCCCACUCCACUUGUGCCUCCGCCACCUGGAAAAAGUCAAAUCUCAUCACCGACUCUUAUUGCCAUUGUUGCUUCUAUUUCCGUCUCUGCGGUGCUAUUCGCUAUUCGCUACUUCUUCCUUAGUAAGAGAGCAAAAACAAAGGAUAUGACUUCUCAAUAAAUAUUCUUAAUUUAGCGAGAUGCAGGAGUAUUGUUUGUGGAGGCAGAUGGUGCUACUUAGGAUACUAUUGAAAGCUUGGAAGAAGAAAGUUUGUCAAGUGAUAGUUUUUGUAAUUUUUUUGGAAGAAGAAAGAUUGGCAGCACUAUAGUCCUAGUGAUUGUUUUUGUAAUUAUUUGAAAGCAAGUGAUAGUUUUUGUAAUUAUUUUUGGAGGAAGAAAGAUUGGUAGGACUAUAGUCCUAAUGAUUGUUUUUGUAAUGAUUUA